AGUGCAGCGCUGACCAGGAACCCAAUUGGAAGUUUAAGUUCACAAAACGACUUUAUAGUCCAAUUGGCCACAAGGAUUACCAUAAUCAAACAAUCAAUCAUCGUAAUGUUCUACAAACUGCUUCUCGCCUCCUGUCUGGCCCUAGCUUUGGCCAAGCCACAGCACCAGCCUGCAGCGCAAUAUCCGGCUGGCGUCAAUCCGCAGGACUGUCCCAACUUUCCCAUCUGUGAUAAUGCACGCCUGCAUAAUCCACACUCGCAGUGGCAGCAACCGCAGCCACAGUGGCAACAGCCCCAGCCUCAAUGGCAGCCACAACCCCAGCAGCACUGGCAGCAACCCCAAUCUCAGUGGCAGCAACCACAGCCGCAGUGGCAACCACAGCCUGCGUGGAAUGCACCACCUGCAGCAUCAGCCGGCGGUGACAAGUAUCCAGCUGGUGUCAAUCCUCAGACGUGCCCCAACUAUCCCUAUUGUGAUGUGAAUGCGGGACAUGGCGGAGCUCCAGUUGCAGCGCCACCAUUGCCCGGCUGGACGGAGCGUCUCUAUCCCGCUGGUGUCUCUCCGCACCAGUGCCCCAACUUCCCCUUCUGCAACUAAAUAUUGUUGUACCACUAUCCACACUCUACACUCCGUCCACUGUCCCACUGUCUACACUCAUUACACGCGUUUUUAACCCUCAGCUUCCUUUUACACGCUACAAGUUCUCAACUAUUGAAAUUCCGUUGUUGGCGUCAAAUAAAAUCACACAUGUUGGUCAUAAAA